UCUGCAGCCGUUUGCACCUCCAUCUCGCGCCGCACCACUGCGUUCAUUCAGAGCGAUAAAGUAAAGCAAAAGCCGGCAGAAGAGAAGAUGUCGACGUGCGAGGCGAGCCUGGCGCCGCUGCUGGGCCCGGCGGCGGCGAACGCGACGGACUACCUGUGCAACCAGUUCGCGGACACGACGUUGGCGGUGGACUCCACCUACCUGCUCUUCUCCGCCUACCUCGUCUUCGCCAUGCAGCUGGGCUUCGCCAUGCUCUGCGCGGGUUCCGUGCGCGCCAAGAACACCAUGAACAUCAUGCUCACCAACGUGCUGGACGCCGCCGCGGGGGCGCUCUUCUACUACCUCUUCGGCUUCGCCUUCGCCUUCGGGACGCCCUCCAACGGCUUCAUCGGGAAGCACUUCUUCGGCCUCCGCAGCAUCCCCGCGAUCGGCGGCUUCGACUACAGCUUCUUCCUUUUCCAGUGGGCCUUCGCCAUCGCCGCCGCCGGGAUCACCUCGGGCUCCAUCGCCGAGCGGACGCAGUUCGUGGCAUACCUCAUCUACUCCGCCUUCCUCACGGGCUUCGUCUACCCGGUCGUGUCCCACUGGAUUUGGUCCGCCGACGGCUGGGCCUCGGCGUCCCGGACUUCCGGCCCGUUACUGUUCAACUCUGGUGUCAUUGACUUCGCGGGCUCCGGGGUGGUUCACAUGGUCGGCGGCGUGGCCGGGCUCUGGGGCGCGCUCAUCGAGGGCCCCCGCAUUGGGCGGUUCGACCACGCCGGCCGGUCCGUGGCGCUGCGCGGCCACAGCGCGUCGCUCGUCGUGCUGGGCACCUUCUUGCUCUGGUUCGGCUGGUACGGGUUUAACCCCGGCUCGUUUCUGACCAUCCUUAAAUCCUACGGGCCGGCGGGCAGCAUCCACGGGCAGUGGUCGGCCGUGGGCCGGGCCGCGGUGACGACCACGCUCGCGGGCAGCACGGCGGCGCUGACGACGCUGUUCGGGAAGAGGCUCCAGACGGACCACUGGAACGUGCUGGACGUCUGCAACGGGCUGCUGGGCGGGUUCGCGGCCAUCACGGCGGGGUGCUCCGUGGUGGACCCGUGGGCCGCCAUCGUGUGCGGGUUCGUGUCCGCGUGGGUGCUCAUCGGGCUCAACAGGCUCGCGGCCCGGUUCAGGUUCGACGACCCGCUGGAGGCGGCCCAGCUGCACGGCGGGUGCGGGGCGUGGGGCGUCGUGUUCACGGCGCUGUUCGCGCGGAAGGAGUACGUGGAGCAGAUCUACGGCGGGCCGGGCCGGCCGUACGGGCUUUUCAUGGGCGGCGGCGGGCGGAUGCUGGGCGCGCACGUGGUGCUGAUCCUGGUGAUCGCGGCGUGGGUGAGCUGCACCAUGGGCCCGCUCUUCCUGGCGCUGAACAAGAUGGGCCUGCUGCGCGUCUCGGCCGAGGACGAGAUGGCCGGCAUGGACCAGACGCGGCACGGAGGGUUCGCGUACGCGUACACCGACGAGGACGCCAGCAGCAGGCCCGCGGACCGCGGUGCCGGCGGGUUCAUGCUCAAGUCGGCGCAGACGGCGCAGGUCGCGGCGGCCGCCAGUCCCGGCGCGGGUGGCCAGGUCUAGUGGUUUUUAUCACUGUUAUCCAGUAACAGAUGAAAUGCGUGCAACGUCUCGAUCGAUAUACUGUCCUUCCCCUUUUGCUGGCUUGGAAUUGGUCUCUCCAAGCCAUCAUCAUUUGAAAUGAUGCUAAAUGUUAGUACUCGUUUCUGAGAUCCUAAAUGUUACUGCUUGAUUGUAUAAUAAGAUACUGGGCCUGUGGUUCGGAAGCUCGAAAAACAGGGAAAAAAAAAAUGAAAUCCCCCUUGUGCCAGGACGGCAUAUUGACAGUGACAGACAGAUCGGCCGUACGGUGUCUGAGAGCGAGUCCAACAGUUCCUCUG